GCUGCCCCCCUUGUUCCAACCGACCUCCAUGCAGACAUAAGACAACAAGUGCAGAUGGCAUUACCUGAUGCCGCCCGUCUCCGGGCACAGACAACACUCCUUGACUCUGAGUGGAGUGUGGCGGUGCUUCCUUGGCAAUCAUUAGGGAAAAGCGAUGCUAUUGCUGUGGUGCCGAAGAUGUUUCUUCCGGAAGUCAUCAGACAGGUUGGUUUCAGUGGGAGGAGUAUCGCGGCGGUACUUACUCAAGAUCCGGACACCCUGGGGUUGGUCGGAUAUGAUCGGAAGUUGCUGCGUGUCAAUCUCAGCACAAUGGGACCUGGAGGAGAACGAGUGAUCACGAGUGCAAAAAGGUACGUUGUACAAUUAGGCUGGGGUCCACCUGUUGAGCAGAUCAUGCAAGGAGAAGAAGUACCUAUGAUGUUUACAAUGUGUCGCUUUCAAUGCAAGUUUCCAACUGCCUUGGGAUGGCCAGAAGGCCCCAUUCCAGCUUCCCUCGUCCUCACUGAAUUGGAACGCCAUGUUCCUGCCGAAGCUGUGGCAGAAAUUCAGCCUCGCCACAAUGACACUGCGACAUGUCUUCUACAUGCAGAUUUCACAGACAAUUUGCUUCGCGCUUCGGGGAAACAUUCUGUAUUUUACAAAGAAGUUUCUCCUGCUCAAGAGUAUUUGCUUCUUUGGCUCGAUGAUGCCAUGUCGCUGCAAGAUGCUGUUAAGCUCGCAGAACACCAGGAUGCCUUUGGAGUGGUCCGUAAAGGACAUGCAGCUAGCCCAAAAUACGCCAUACGUUUCAGAGAUGUCAAUCGUCUCAAAGAUUUUGCUGCCAAUCAUUCCAUUUUAGAUGUUUCUGAUCUCGGACGAUGGAAAAUCUAUGGCAUUGACAAUACGGUUGGCACCUAUGGUCUACUGGCAUGGCUCACGGAGCGUGGUUUCCAAAAAGUGGAAGUUCUCUACGUGGACGAUGGUACUGGCGUUUGGCUAGCCACUCAGCCAGGUGAACUGGCAUCUGGCUAUUACGUGCAGUCCGGAGUGAAGAGACAAUUUCACAUCAAAGCCCUCAACAGUGUUGCCAAAGAACAGGCCAAAGCCAAAAAUACCGGUGCAACAUCUUCAGCAAAUCCAGCGAUACCUAAGCAAAGUGCGCGUGCUGCCAAACAGCAGGCCUUCGCAGCUCAGCUCAGUGCAAUGCAGGUUUCGACGCCAAAGAGAGAUCAACCCAAGCGCAAAGAAACUCAACCCAAGACUGGUUUGACUCCAGAUCCAAAAAAGCCUGGUGAUGCAGGAUUGCCUGCGCCCUUGGUAGAGUACAUGAACUCCAGCUAUACCGGUUAUGGGCGAAAGCCCGCUUCAGUUCAUCGCUUGAGUGGCAAGAACUUUGGUGCCCACCGGAGGUUUGGGGAUGCCGUGCAAAGCGGGGUGCAGAAGCCCUAUGCUUGCAAAUUGCCCUGCAUCUCGAACAAACUGCUGUUGACCAACAAAGUGCAGCAGGUUCAUCCAACGAUGACGUGGUUCGACGUAAAGGUAUCGGCUGAGCUGGCCAAGAUGGGAGCCUUUGCGCUUUUACGGGCAAUUGCUGCUUCUACAGUGCCUUUGCAUGCCUUUGCCUCGUGGAAUCCUUUUGGAGAGCACCCCCCCUAUAGAAAGCCCCUGAUCGAAGGCUGCUUCUACAGUGCCUUUGCACGCCUUUGCCUUGCUGCUUCUACAGUGCCUUUGCAUGCCUUUGCCUCGUGGAAUCCUUUUGGAGAGCACCCCCCCUAUAGAAAGCCCCUGAUCGAAGGCAGUUUUUAG